CUCUGUCUCUUGAGUGCUGGAAUUAAAGACAGAGCACCACGCCUGAUACCUGCAAAAUUCGGAGAGUUGUGCGCUAAGAAAGGUGAAUGUUAUAGAUGUAAAUGUAUAGAUGACAUCUCAAUGGACGACUUAAUGAACCGGGUGGAGGAAAAGGGAUUUCUUUCCGCAAGGAGGAAAAUAGAUAUGGGUGUUCAUUUAAGGCACACACAGAAUUUAGAAACGGAACUUUGGAUCAGUAAAGAAAGAUGUUAGCUAAUAAAACCAUUAUACGGGAUGCAAGGACUCCAACGUGACAAUGAGGCUCAGCAGUGUGUAGGGCUAGGCGGCUGCGGGAGGGUUUUGCACUGCUGCGGGGUUGCGAGUUAGCCAGGAGGCGUGGCUUCGGCGCGCUGCUCCCAAGCAAAGGAAGUAGGUCUAGGAACAUGGAGAUCGUGAGUCAUGGCCGCUCCCCGAGACGCUGAGAUCCACAAGGACGUUCAGAACUACUACGGGAAUGUACUGAAGACGUCUGCAGACCUCCAGACUAAUGCUUGUGUCACCCCAGUCACUUUGGUCCCCAAGUACAUCCGGGAAACUCUGAAGAAUGUACAUGAGGACGUUACCUCGAGGUAUUAUGGCUGUGGUCUGGUUGUCCCUGAGCUUCUGGAAAACUGCCAGAUUUUGGAUCUGGGUUGCGGAAGUGGCAGAGACUGCUAUGUGCUUAGCCAGCUAGUUGGCGAGAAGGGACAUGUCACUGGAAUAGACAUGACUGAGGUCCAGGUGGAAGUGGCUAAAACCUAUCUUGAGUACCACAUGGAAAAAUUUGGUUUCCAGGCACCCAAUGUGACUUUCAUUCACGGCUGCAUUGAGAAGUUGGCAGAGGCUGGGCUGCAGAAGGAGAGCUACGAUAUCGUUGUAUCCAAUUGUGUUAUCAACCUUGUCCCCGAUAAAGGACAAGUGCUUCGGGAGGUGUAUCACGUGCUCAAGUACGGUGGGGAGCUGUAUUUCAGUGACGUCUAUGCUAGCCUUGAAGUACCAGAAGACAUCCAGUCACACAAGGUUCUAUGGGGUGAAUGCCUGGGUGGUGCUUUGUACUGGAAGGAUCUUGCCAUCAUUGCCCAAAAAAUUGGUUUCUGUCCUCCGCGCUUGGUCUCUGCCAGUCUCAUUACAGUUCAAAACAAGGAACUAGAACGUGUUAUUGGGGACUGUCGCUUUGUGUCUGCCACGUUUCGGCUCUUCAAACUCCCUAAGACAGAACCAGCUAACAGAUGCCGAGUUGUUUACAAAGGAGGAAUCACAGGGCAUGAAAGAGAACUAAUCUUCGAUGCAAAUUUCACAUUCAAGGAAGGCGAAGCUGUUGACGUGGAUGGAGAGACCGCAGCUGUCCUGAAGAACUCACGCUUUGCUCAAGAUUUUCUCUUCACCCCUGUUGGAGCCAUGCUGCUGGCCGCCCAGGGCUGUUCUGGAUUAGAAACGAAGGAUAUAAUCAGAGAUCCAUUCAAGCUUGCAGAGGAAUCUGACAAGGUGAAGCCCAGACAUGCACGUGACGGCGCGGGAGCCUGCUGCGGCAGAAAGAAACCCUGCUAGAUCGAAGGCCAGCACCGAGCUCAGCGGGAGCGGGCGGCGGAAGAACGGCUCACACAGGCUUUUAAACCCGCUCUUCCCCCGUGCAGAGAUUACGGGAGGAUGGCAAAGGCGCCACAAUCUAGAUUACUUCGAAGUGUGCGUUUUAGAAGGUAUUAAUCUGAGGUUCACAGCAAAUCACUCGUUUUUCUAUUUCACUACUUCAGAGUUCUGGUGCCACCUAGUGGUCAGAAGUAGAGCACUGUGUCAAAAGAUUGUCAAGUCAAAUUUGGUAGGAAUACUCUUCAUGUACCUGUCUUCAAACUUUUUUCUUUCUUUCUGUAAUUGAAUGAAGAAUAAAAUGAAUAAUAAAUUUGACCUCAGUUCACCCUGAUGAUUGACAUCA